AUGCCAGCCUUUGCCCCUGUGACCGCGGGCUCGGGCUCCAGCAGCUCUUCUGCGAUGCCGAGGAUUUGCAAGAAGCUCGUCGUCAAAGGUCACGCCGCGAGCUCCGGUGCAUCUUACACGUUGUUCUUGAAGAUACAGGUGCCCACCACCGAGUCAAACGAGUCUUACCUCCUCUUCACAGACCCUGCUGUCGAGCUACAGGAUGCCAUCAUUCACCGUCUCGACGCUUCCGGUGCUGCUCCCGCCUUGUCCACUUCAGCCGCAACGGCCGCCAAUUCCCUGGGCAUCCCGCUGUCCAUUGACCAUGAAAUGAACGACAGCUUCAUCGGCCAUGAGUCCCGACGAGCACCUAGGUCGGACUCGCCGACACCGCUUAGUGAUACUUCGCAUCUAUCCACUGUAAAUCGGAGUGAUGAUGGCAAGUUCACGCUCCGCACCUCGUUCCGCUCUAGCCCAGGAUCAAAGCGUGCAGUGGCUUUGCAGCCGCCUUCUUCCGCCUCGUACAUGGUCACACUUCAUCUGUUAGCCAGACCCCUGUCAACGCCGCCAACGGCCCCUUUCUCCGUCAGGCUGGCGGUACCAGUCUGCUUGAACAACUUUAUGCGCUUCAGCGUCGACGAGUCUAUCGAGAGCGAUUUUGGUCUGCAUGGCAUGGCCGUCGAGGUCGAUCCUCCCAUUCUCCCAGUUUCCAGCCAACGCAAGCCGCUUCGAAGACGCUCGUCCGCAGCCUCAUCCCAUCGAUCUCCCAGCAUCUCCUCCUUCUCUGACGAUGAAGCCGAUGUCACUUUGCUCGGAUCCAACUCGAUUGACGAGUCCGAGCCCGAGCAGGACGACACCGCGAUCGUGGGCCCUUUCCACGCAUGCGAUGCCCUCGUGAUACGCAUUGCUGCACAGCAAGCUGGCGACUUGGUUCCCGUCGAUCGCCCUUUGCGCAUCUUGCCAAAUGCGAUACGGGCCGAGAGAGCGACUAGUUCUAUCACAUACCGGACUCGAACACCGCAUGGCUCCGAGUUGCCCGAAGAAGCCCUGCAUAGCAGCUCGAAUGACGCCACCAUGACCAAACUUGACUUUGAGGCUUCCCUCGAUCUCUAUGAUCCUUACUUUCCUGGUCUCGAUCGCGAGGUACAGCUGUACGUCCAACUGGACACCAAUGCGUCUCUACUCGAAUGGCAGCCAAGUACAGUUGAUGCAUCGGGCGGGAUUGUGAGCUGGUCCUUCGGUCCCGUCGUAUCUCCCACCUCUUCGCCCAGUCAGAUGCACAGGACCGCAGCACAAGGUAUACUUGGCGGAUCCUCAACAUUCGAGAUUGGAGACUUAGUCGUCCUUCCCGACCCUAAUCAGCAUUCAGCCGACGAAGAGGACUUGCUAAGCGUUGCUCCACCCAAGGGCAUCAACGACGCCGACUUUGACUUUUCCCUCGAUAACGCCGCAGUCCCAUCCACCAAGCGAAGGAGAUUCUCACUACAAUCUUCGGGCAGUGCGAGACACGUUCCAUCUAUUCCGCCAUCAGAGCCGUCGGAUUCGGCGAGCGGCUCGGAGCACAUGCUUGUGGUCACGUUCAGCUUGCUCCCCGUCCUGCAGAGCACAGAGCCCGUCUCCCUCUGCGUUCGUGGCACUCUAAUUUUGAAUGAAACGUUGACUCGGGCAGUACAAAGGGAAGACUUAACCCAACUUCCACGUGGCCUGUUUAGUCCCGCGGUACAUAAUCACACUUACGAAGUGACACAGUUGGCCGCCAUGGAACCUGCUCGGGCUCAGGCUGAGGCUGCCCCUCCGCGAUCAGAGUCGCUCGACGACUCCAGGGAGACUGUGCAGAGAGCUCACGAGCAGGAGAAGAGCUGGCUGGCGCUCAAGGAAAUCCGCGCCGGCACGAUGGGGGCAACAAACACCGAUGAGCUUUUGCGGCAAGCGCUUGCUAUCAUCGCAGCGCACGACGAGUCGCUCUCCACCGGUCAACGCGGUUCAAGUGCCCUAGCACGACAGGAUCAAUCUUCGGCACGAGAAGGACCAGAGAGCGGAAUACACUGGGUAUUGCGCGCGUCGCAUCUGCUGUGGACCCUAUUCCUGACAGCGCUGAUCUUCAUGCUCUUCAACGCAGGACAGUCGGCCAACCGAAAUUUGUCCGCCAAGCUGGACGAGCUUUCUCGCAUCGUUGAAGCUUCGACCCGAGCCGGUUCUGCCACGCUGUAUUCUUCGGCGCCGAAUGCAGAUCCUGCGACGGACGUGUUCGAACCAGUCGUUCCAGCGGCGUCCUGUGUCAUAGAAGAUCAACGACCGACGCCGUCGGAAGGAGAGCUUCCAGAGCAAGCUCAAAAUUGGCAACUCGUAGACCCUCUGCCCGAGCAUGACGACUUCUGGAUCGACUCGUUCGCUUCACUAGGCGUGCAGGCAAGCCCCAGAGAUGCGCAUCUCUCGUACUUCGUAUCCAGCUGGCUGCAGGACAUGCUGCGCAUGCCCAUCGGCCUCGUCCGACGCCUCCUGAGCAUCUUCACAGCCGCAUAG